AAAGGCAGACUGGAGUUACGUCACUGACGACAAUCUUGAACCACAAAGGAACCCAGUUCCGAGUCAAACUCUAACUGGAUUUUGGCAGUCUGGUUAGGCACAGCAUGGGCCUUUGUUGAUGAACUGAAGCAAGCAUACAAUCAAACUUCCAGAUAACGUUCUCUGGAGAAGAAGUUGCAUCUUUUAUGAACUCAGCUAACUGCAUACAAGUCCAUCAAUAGAAAACAAAAUGAAGCUAUCCACUGGAAGUUUGAUUGUAUUGCUGAUAGCGUCUCUUCAUUAUCAAGGUCACGCCCAAGACGCCAACACCUGUAAGCUGGAGUCAUGUACCAACCCAGAGAACGACAAGGACCCUAAUUUUUGCAGCGAAGCAGUUUCCACCUAUGCCUGUCUGGACGAGGUCACCUCCAGUAAGGACUGUGACGAUGUCGACAAACUCGCUGGCUUGAGUGCCUCUCUUAUUUUACGUUUCGUUAUGACCGUCAACAUGUGUGAAAAUGUACCAGAGACUGUGUGUGACAUUAGGCAAUGUUCCCCAUCCAUUCUGGAAACGCCUGGCGGAGACGAGACAGAGUCGUGCGAAGACGUUAGUAAGUACAUCCAGUGUCUGAGAACUAACAUCGUCAACAACCCGAAGUGCACGCGCAUAGAACGUGCCAGCGCUGCUACCAUUGCAAUUCGUAUGAAGCUCGAACACAAGGAAUGCCUCUUCAGCGAACUGGAGAAACAGGGCUACAUUGACAAGAAGCAGGCGGAUACAGCAUCCUACGUUUAUCGCAAAGAAGAUGAGGGAAAGAAGAUACUCAUUGAAGAAAGCGGUUCCGUCGAGAUUCAAGUGUGUGGCUGGAAUGAUCAGUUUGUAAAAGAUGAUUCCACACCACUCAUUGAAAUUUGUGAAAGUUUCUUCGAGAAAUUAGAACUGGAGAAUGCCUAACAGGACUGCCAACUGGAGAAUGCCUAACAGGACUGCCAUGAGGGAGAGAGACGGUGGAACGUUUUCCUCCAAAAACGUGACGACAUAGUUCGUGACAUGAAGGUCACCAGCAUAGUCGAAAUGCAAGGUUUCUAAGUACAGCUCGGCCUUAAUUAUCAACGGAACCAUACAACUAUGCCUUAAUUAUCAACGGAACCAUAAAGCUCUGUCCUAAUUAUCAAUGAAAUCAAACAGCUCUGAUCUAAUUAUCAAUGGAACCAUACAGCUCUGUCCUAAUUAUCAAUGGAACCAUACAGCUCUGUCCUAAUUAUCAAUGGAACCAUACAGCUCUGUCCUAAUUAUCAAUGGAACCAUACAACUCUGUCCUAAUUAUCAACGGGACCAUACAACUCUGUCCUAAUUAUCAACUUAAUCAUACAUCUCUGCCCUAAAUAUCAACAGAAUAGUACAACUCUACACUAAUUAUCAACGGAACAGUACCACUCUAUCCUAAUUAUCAAUGGAACUGUACAACUCUGUCCUAGUUAUUAAUGGAACAGUACAGCUCUGCCCUAUAUAUCAACAGAACAGUACAACUUUGUCUUAAUUAUCAGUGGAACAGUACAACUCUGUCCUAAUUAUCAAUAGAACAGUACAGCUCUGUCCUAGUUAUCAAUGAAACAGUACAGCUCUAUCCUAGUUAUCCACGGAUCCAUACAACUCUGUAUCGUAGCCUAUUGAUAACAAUUGUGCAUAUUGACUAAUUGUAAAAAAAUGAACAAGCUAAUAACUUUAAAGCUAAAGCAAGCCUUUCUACAUAACUCUGCAGACACUGCUAACAUUUUGAUUACAAGUGUGUAUAUAUUGAAAUAUUAUAAAAUCCUAACAAGUUGAUAUCGUUUAAAACAGACCUGAGGAUAAGUCCGGUGUAAACCUUUGCUGUUAUUAAAAAUAAGAAUAAAGAUAAAUGUGUUCUA